UGUUAUUUAAGAAGACACAAUCCGAGGAGAAGUCUUCCAGGCCUAGGCUGAAACCGGGAUGGUCAGCCGGACAGAGCAAGGACAGAGCUUUAAGCGAUCAACGGAGUGACGCACCUUGCUGGACCUGUACUACCAUCGCAUAGGAAACGGUCAAACUCUACUCAUCUGAACUAGCCACUUGGACAAGCCGCUCGAUAUGAUGGUCCACUCUCUUCAAAAGGACACCGACAAGGCCGAGGUCGAGAUGAGAGAGUACGCCCAUACGGCCGACCAGGACAAGGCGGAUUUUGCCCUGGAAGGUCGACGGGAAGAUGACGAGAACUCUCCCGAGGCCAUUCUCGAACGAUACCCCUUGCUGAGGGACAUGACCCCGGCAGAGCUGGACAAGCUCAAUCGAAGGGUCCGUCGUCGGAUCGACAUCUGGAUGUUACCCAUGAUCACUUUCAUGUUGUUCAUCAACUACCUCGAUCGCUCAAACGUCACGAACGCCCGCAUCGCUGGCAUGCAAAAGGACCUUCACAUGACCGAUGUCCAGUGGUCUGCCGGCAUCUCUCUGUUCUAUGUCGGCUACAUGUUGACCCAACUUCCAGGCUCUUUGUUGUUAUCGAAGUACAAACCGAGAAUCAUCCUACCCCUUACCAUGAUCGCUUGGAGUAUUCCAACGAUUUGCUUGCCCCUUGCUACAAAUGCCGCUGGGUUCAUGGUCUGCAGAUUUCUCGUUGGAUUCGCCGAGGGACCUUUCUAUCCUGGCAUUGCGCUGUUAACCUCAUCGUGGUAUGUCAAGGAAGAACUCCCUUUCAGGAUGGCCAUCUGGCAAGGCGCUAUCACCUUGUCCGCCGUUUUUGGAGGACCCUUCGCCGCAUCUAUCUUGGAGACGAUGGGCGGAAUUGCGAAUCUGCCCUCCUGGAAAUGGUUCCUGCUCAUCGAAGGCGCGAUUUCGAUCUUUGUUGGAGUCGCCUCGUAUUGGUUCUUGCCAAACUGGACUAACAACACACCCUGGUUGACCCUGGAAGAGACUGAAAUGGCGCAGUAUCGAAUCGUCAAAUCUGCCGGAGGUAUAGACGAGAUGCAGGGCGACUACACGCUAUUCCAGGGCGCCAAACUGGCUGCGAAAGAUCCCUUUACCUGGUUAUUUGCUGCCCUGCACUUUUUCCUCAUUGUCGGCCAAGCCUACAAGGAGUUCCUUCCUAGUAUUCUUCAUACGUUUGGCGAGUCCAAACUAACGACCUAUCUGCUGCAAUCGCCUUGCUACUUCCUUGGGUACCUCGCCACCCUAGGCGUUGGAUGGUCUUCCGGGCGAUUCAAGGAAUUUACCUAUCACACUGCCGUCCCCUUGGUACUGAGUAUCGUCGGAGUCGCCAUGAUGAUUUCGACCGAGAACAUCGGGGUCAGAUACACCGGCAUAUGUUUCCUGAUCAUGGGCACCGCUUCGGGUCUCAACAUGCAGGUUAGCUGGGAAACGACCGUCAUACCGUCUCCGCGACACAAGAAAGCUGCCGUGAUCGCUAUCGCAAAUAUUUGCAAGUCUAUUCCGGUCGCCUUUCAGAUCGUCGAUCGUACUGACCAUCCAAGCAUGUACACAGUCUCUUCCACGUCCCACUGGUUCAGUCCGUACUUUUUCCUCCGGAAUCAGGAGCCACUCUAUCGAUUGGCGGGCGGGUUGCUCUUGGUCGGAUGUGGCGCUUCAAUCCUAUCGGUACUGGCUGUGCGGUGGAGGGUCAACCGGCUGAACAAAGUGCUCGACUCCCAAAACGAUGUCGAAAAUGAGCAAAGAAGGGAACGAGGUCAAGCCGACAAAUCGCAGGCUUGGCGUUUCCCCAUCUAA